AUGGUCACAACGGUCAUAUCUACAUCGUCUUUUGUGGUCAUCGGUGGUUCGAAACUCCUUGCGGAGUAUACAAAUCUGUCAACACUAGCCAAUGUGCAACUCCGUGGCUCUCCAUUCCUUCGUCAUCGUUACCGUUGUAAAGACCGUAUUCGCAUUUUCGCGUUGACAGUAAUUUACUUUUCCAUAAAACGUAGAUAUACGAAUACACAAACUUCGGUUGUUGAACAAAAUUCUACAGAAGAAAGUGAAAUUUAUACAAAUAGUGAAAAUGUGUUCAAUGAAUCUUCAUUCGACAGCUUGAAUUUAGAACUCAAAAAAAAAAAUGUAAAUAUAACCAAUAUUACGCCCUGUAGUAAUUAUGGUUCUAGUGAAGAUGAAAUGCAAGAAUGUAACAAUCUUACAAAAUUUCAAGAUGUUUUGGACAGUAGUAAACUAAAUUCUGAUUCACAUUCGACAAUUAAUUCAUGGAAGUCUUGUAAUAAAGAUAUCAGCCACUCUGAAUCGGACUAUUUAAAUAGUUUGUGCUCAGAAAAUCUAGAAAUAAAUCAACCGCUUAAUUUAUGCACAAUAGACAAUAAAAAUGAAAUUGAAAAAAAAACAUUUUUCACAGAUAGAAGACAUAAAAAAUCAAAAGAUAAACUAAUGGUAUAUCCUGAACAUUUUUUUUGUUCUGAGACGAUUAAAGAUGAACAUUACUCCCUAAAUACUGGCAAACAGGAAAGCAGCUUAGAAAACACGGAAAAUGGGAUGAAGCAUGAAAACCAUUUGGAGAUUUCAAAAGUAUCCACUAUAAAUCUCUAUGAAUUGAAAAAUGAAGACAAUUUAGAUAACACAGAAGUCUCUACUAUAAAUCACAAUGAGUUGGGAGAUGAAUACAAUUUGGGGAAUAUAAAAUACUCUUUAAACGAGGAUGAACUGAUGCUUGAAAACAAUUUGGAGACAACUGAAAUGUCUGCUAUAAAUAGGGAUGAAUCACUGUAUGAAUACUAUUUGAAGAGUCCAGAACUCUCUUUAAAUAAUGAUAAAAGCAUUUCUGGUACCGAUAGCCAUAAUAUCAAUUGUACUCGUGAUUAUGAGACUCAAAGUAUCACAGAAUUGAACAGUUCUUCGUCUGAAUCUACAGAAUCAUUACCGAGUCCCAUUUACCAAAACAAUAAUUCAAUUGAUGAUAUUCGUUAUGUAGAAGACUACAACGACGUAAGCUUUUUUGAUCCGUCAUUAUCAGAUGAUGCCAUGAAUCAAGCUUUUGUAGAAGAUUAA